CCGGGAGAAGCGGUGAGCGUGGAUCGGACACGGGCUGCUCUCGGCGUAAUUCCUUCGAAAGUGCAUGGAGGCCGGCGGCAUGAACUGUUCAGGGAGCCGCAGAGCACCCAGUGCUGGGGUCUUAGAACUUCACGUCUUCUAUGUUCCGGCUGAGCUGUGGAACAGCACGUUGAACACCGUUUCCACUCACACCAUUAGCAAGUUUGUCUCAGUUGGGUUUGUCAGGGUGUUGCCUGAGCUGAGUUUGAAAGCACUGAGACCACAGCUUGGAAGUCUCCUUGGAACUGAAACCAUCAGUGACAAAUUUGCCUUUCUGAAAUGCGUAGGGAGAAGUUUGGCCAUGGUCAGAACAAAGCAAGAACUGGAACUCAAAGUGAAAUCUUUCGCCCCUCCACAUGCUCCCCAACCAGAACUCUACCUUCUGCCCAUUACAAGAUUGGUUGCCAAGAGACAGACAAAUAGCCCAGUGACACCAGGAACUCGGCAAAAUCCUGUGGAAGUCUCAGAGUCCCAUCUCUUACAUCCAAGUCUGCCCCCGGAAGGCAGUGACUGCACAGGAGACUGUAAGUCUUCUGAUUGCUUCUGCCAACUGUACGUUGCCAAGGAACAGGACAGGAUCCAUGCCUGUCAGACAGAGCGGAUGCCUCGGAGUUCAAACCGAGAAGAAAACGCAACAGGAGCUGUUCAGAAAGUGGAGACACUGCAGUCUCCAAGGACACCGGAAGUAACUCGCAUCGGCCCACCUCCGCUUCAGAGACCUGCAAGUACAAGCUCAGAAAACGGGGAUUUUAGGGAAUUUAAAGGUAAAGAUUAUUCCUGGGAGAUGGACAGGACAAAGAGUCUGGAUGUGUACAGCACCUGGGAGCAGGAAUCGUCACCUGGUAACAGUACAGAGCAAUCCCAUCGGAAAACAGCAAGGAGUCAACAGGAUGACCAUCAGACAGAGCAGCGGAGAAAAGACAUUUCCUCCGUGGGAGAGCGACAGAUGCCUAUUCUGAAGUACAGCAGGAUUCACAGUAACAACACUAUGGAUUCAGGAAUUCCGGAAUCACUGGAUGACAGGGAUUUGGAGUACUUAGAAAAUCAAAGAAAAAAGAGUCAACAAGCGAAUCAGGGUCCAGUAUCUCGAAAUGUUGAAGAGGAAACCAGCCAGAUGCCAGGAGGCUGCAGCGAAUUAAAUUAUCCAGUAGGUGAGAAGGAGUAUUCUCUUCCUCUUCCUCCUCCCCCACCUCUCCUGACUGCCACUGGACAACGAUCCCAGCUCCCAACAGAGAAGGAACAGCUCAUUGCCCAGAUAGAAGCCAUAAAACAAGAGAGGAGAAGCCUCGAGAAAACAAGGCAAGAAUUGGUGAAGAAGGCAAGAACAUUGUUGUCGCAGAUCCGAUUACGACGAAACCAAGUACGUGACAGCUGGAAGAAACAGUACUUCAAAUCAAAGAAAGCAACUGCUCCACUAGAAGACACAGCCAACAAGCUGCGGCAGGAGCUGGACACGUUUUACCAGAAACUGUUGCACCAUCUGGCAGCCAGAGAGACCAGGAAGCAGUUCCCAAACUCAACAAGUGCCAGCAGUGCCAAAAACCAAUUAAUUAUCCAGAUUACAACACUCAGACACGAGGUGGACCAGCUUUAUCACAGAGUGGAAAAUGCCAAAAUGAAGCUGGUCACCGAGAUAAAGUUGAGGAAACAGACGAUGUUAGAUCUGCGAGCUCUCCGGGCUGAACUGCUACAGAAAAAGAUGCAGUCGUCUCUGAGACGCCAGCCCAGUCACUCCACACCUCGCAGCCCAGACACCUUCACUACUUAACCAGUGCCUCAGGACUGAAUCAGCUGCCAGGUCUUGCAGCUUUGCACCAGCGUCCGCCAGAAACUACCACCCCGCUUCCGAACUCAUCAGCAUCUCCUCGGCACAACGCGGAAGGAAUAAACACGAGGGAUUCUGCAGGUGCUGGAAAUCCAGAGCAACACACACAAAAUGCUGGAGGAGCUCAGCAGGUCAGGCAGCAUCUAUGGAGGAAAAUAAACAGCCAACAUUUAAGGACAGUUCAUCCUCAUCUGCAAAUCUGUGCAUUGUACCUGGUGGUCCUGGUGUGGCCUCCUCUACAGCAGUGAGAUUGGGGGACAACUUUGUCAAGCAGCUUCACUCUGUACACCGCAAAACACAGGAUCUCUCAGUGACCACCCAUUUCAAUCCCACUUCCCAUUCCCAUCCUGACAUGUCUGCUCACGGCCUCGUCUACUGCCACAAUGAGGCUACAUUCGGGAUGGAGGAGCAACACCUUAUAUUCUGUCUGGGUAGCCUCUACCCUGUCAGCUGAACAUCAAUUUCAAUAACUUCCGGUCAUUACUACCCCCAUCCCCUUCUCUCUUUAUCCAUUCCCCAUUCUGGUUACCCUCACCCCUUCUCUCCUCCCCACCUGCCUAUCACCUCCCCCAGUGCCCCUUCUCCUCCAUUUUCUCCCAUGGUCCACUGCUGUCCUAUCAGAUUCCUUCCUCACCUGGUCUCACCUGUCACCUGCCAGCUUGUACUCCUUCCCCUUCCCCUCCUUAUUCCAGCUCCUGCCCCCUUCCUUUCCAUUGCUGAUGAAAUGUCUCAGCACAAAACACUGAUUGUUUAUUCCUCUCCGUGGACGCUGCCUGACCUGCUGAGUUCUUCCAGUAUUUUAAUAUGUGUAGCGCGGAAGGAAAUCCUUUUCAACCAGCACAUCCUCCGUGUUGGUCAUCGAUGGAAGUGAUGCAUUUCACUGUACGUUUCGAUGUACCUGUCUGUAGUAAAGCUAACCUUUCUUCACAUUGAGGGAUAUUUAGUCCAAGGUAGGAUUCGGGAUUUUCAGGUUGGUUCAGAAAUCUGAUGGCAGUGGUGAAGAAGCCGUUGUUGACCCAAGCACUAGUAAUCUUGAAGUCAGAGGAGAAACACCUGUCUCUUAAUUGACAGAAACAUCAAUUAAGAAGCCAAUUAAUUGGCAAAUUAGUUUAAUAUGAUCAAUAUACUGAAUUACAGUGAAAACUUGCUUUUGCAUGUCAUGCAUCGUUACAUCAAUGCAUUGAUGUUGAACAAGGGAAAACAAUAAUAGAAAGGGCCUGAGUUAUCGGGAAAGGCUGAACAAGUUAGCACUUUAUUCACCACAGUGUAGGAAAAUGAGGGGAGAUUUGACAGAGGUAUAUGUUAUGUUUUGUAACUUCAAAAUAUUAAAUUAAUUCAAAGGAAGAUGCUGGGAGUCCAAAAAUGCAAGUUUAACUUCAUCUUUACAUUAAGUGAGACAGGCAUGUUUCGCAUGAUGAUGUAUGCAAUUAACUUAUUUUUACAUAUAACCAGUACUGGAUUAUGUAAAUGAACAAGAAUGCUUAAUCAAACAAUAUAUAAGAUGACUCAAAUAUUAUUGAAAUAUGAAAUACACAAUAUUAUACGAAAUGAUGAGGGGAAUAGAUGGGGUAAAUGCGAGCAGAUUGAUUCCACUGAGGUUUGUUGAGAAUGGAACUCGAGGUCAUAGGUUAAAGGUGGAAGGUGAAAUAUUUAAAGGGAACACGAGGGGAACUUUGCUCAGAGAGUGGUACGAUUGUGGAACGAGCUGCCAGCUGAAGUGGUGGAUGUGGGUUGGAUUUCAACAUUUAAGAGAAAUUUGGAUAGGUACAUGAAUGAGAAAGGUAUGGAGGGCUAUGGUCCAGGUGCAGGUCGAUGGGAUUAGCCAGUGUAACAGUUUGCAUGGACUAGAUGGGCUGAAAGGCCUGUUUCUGUGCUGUAGUGUUAUAUGAUUCUAUGAAUCAAAGGCCAAAUAAAGUGCCACAGUUACAUAGAAAGUGCGGUGCAGGUAGACAACAAGAUGUAAGGCCAGAGGGAAAACGUAUUCACUCAGAGGGUCACUAUAACAUUCCAGAAACUGUAUGAGGAACAACUCAAUCACGCUUAGUGAUCAGGGCUCUGUUUGAAAUCCUUUGCAUUUUGUCUUUCAGGUGAAAAGAAUUUCUGAUCAUAGUGCAGCAGCCAGCGUAACGGUUUACAGUGCCAGUGAUUGGGGUUCAGCUUCCACUGCUUUCUGUAAGGAGUUGGUAUGUUCUCCCUGAGACCAUGUGGGUGUCUUCCAGGUGCUCUGCUCUCCUCCCACAGUCCAAAGACCUACCAGUCCAUAGGGGUUGGUAAGUUGAGGGCAUGCCAUGUUGGCACUGGAACUGAGAAGUUUUUGAAUUUUCAGCCCAAUGGGACACGGGAGACAAGAGAAUGUUCAGAUGAGUGGGGUCUUUAUGCAUUCUGAGCUCAGGCGGUGUGUCAUCUGAAAGUUUCACAUAAUAGUCUGCUUCGAAAACUUGAAAUCUGUUGUUUCCUCUUUUCCCCUGGUCCAACCUCGUAGGCUCCAAGGACAAUGAAGCUCAUCCACUCCCCUACUUCCUCAGGAGGCUGAAGAAAUCCGGCAUGUCCCCGUCAAACCUGAACAACUUGUAUCGAUGCAUCGUAGAGAGUUAGUAAGGCAACAGCUCUGCCCAUGACCACAAGAAACUGCAGAGCUGCAGACACAUCUCAGCACAUCACAGGGACCAGCCUCCCCUCCACGGACUCGUCCUACACCUCACUGCCUCAGUAAAGCAUCAUAAAGACCCCCACCCCGGACAUUCUUUCUUCUCCCCUCUCCCAUUGGGUAGAAGAUACAAAAGCCUGAAAGCAUGUAUCACCAGGUUCACGGACAGCUUCCACCCCACUGUUAUGACUAUUGAACAGCCCCCUGGUGUGACAAGAUGGACUCUUGACCUCACAGUCCACUUUGUAAUGAUCAUGCACCUUAUUGUUUACCUGCCCUGCACUUUCUCUCUAACUGUAACACUAUUCAGCAUUUUGUUAUUGUUUCCCUUGUCCUACCUCAAGGCACUGAUGUGAUGAAAUGAUCUGUAAAGGUGGCAUGCCAAAAUAAGGAGGUACAGGAGCCUGAAGGCACACGCCAAGUGAUUCAGGAACAGCUUCUUCCCCUCCGCCAUCAGAUUUCUGAAUGCACAAUGAACACUACCUCACUACUUUUUCUUUCUCUUUUUGCUCUACUUAUUUAAUUUAACUUUAAAAAAAUAUAUUUACUGUAAUUUACAGUUUUUAGUAUUGCAAUGUACAGCUGCAGCAGGACAACAACUUUCAUGACUUAUGCCAGUGAUAUUAAAACUGAUUCUGUCGUUUUUGACUGUGCCUCAGUACAUGUGACAAUAAAGGCAAUUUAAUUCUGUUCCACGAUAUAAAAUUCAGGACCUUCAUGGACUGUCCUGAACGUCACUCUAUUACCAGAGCUCAGAGAGACAGAGACUCUGACACUGGCAUUCUGAGUGAGGUGACAGGUAGCAGAUGACCGUCUCAGAGAACUAACACUCUCUUCUUCUCAGGACAAACAAUAAGAGAAAUGUUAUCUUCACAUGUUAUCAUGGCUGCGCAUCUCAGUGAUUCUCCCUGCAGGACUAGUGAAGGCUUUAUGACAUGAGAUAGUCCUCAUAAAUCAGUGUAUUAGUGCAGGAGUAGGGAAGUUUCGCUGAAUUUAUAUCAGACAUUGGUGAGUAUUGUGUGCAGUUCUAGUCAUCUACCUGCAGGAAAGGUAUUAAUAAGAUUGAAAGAGCAAGUCUUGAGGACCUGAGUUAUUGGGCAAGGUUGAACAGGUUACAACUUUAUUUGUUAGAGAUACAAAAGGGAACAGGCCCUUCUGGCCCAAUGAGCUGCUCCACCCAGCAACUCAACCGAUUUAACCCUAGCCUAGUAACAAGACAAUUUACAAUGAUCAAUUAACCCACUAACUGGUAUGUCUUUGGACUGUGGGAGGAAAGCAGAGCACUUGGAGAAAGCCCAGGAAGAAUGAGCAAACUCCUUACAUAUCACCUCUCAAUUUACAGUGGACACAUCUACGUGCAUGUCCAUAAGACCAAAAGACAUAGGAGCAGAAUUAGGCAUUUGGCUCCUCGAUUCUGCUCCGCCAUUCAAUCAUGGCUGAUCCUCUUUUUCCUCUCCUCUCCCACACUCCCUGGCCUUCUCCCCGUAACCUUUGAUGCCAUGUCCAAUCAAGAACCCAUUAAUCUCUGCUUUAAAUACACCCAAUGACCUGGCUUCCACAGCUGCUUGUGAUAAUAACUUCCAUAAAUUCACCGCCCUCUGGCUAAAGAAAUUUCUCCGCAUCUCUGUUUUAAAUGGACGCCCCUCUAUUCUGAAGCUGUGCCCUCUUGUCCUAGACUCCCCCACCAUGGGAAACAUCCUUUUCACGUCUAUUCUGUCGAGGCCUUUCAACAUUUGAAAGGUUUCAAUGAGAUUCCCCCUGAAUUCCAGAGAGUACAGACCCAGGGCCAUCAAAUGUUCCUCAUAUGAUAAUCCUUUCAUUCUCAGAAUCAUCCUUGUGAACCUCCUCUGGACCCUCUCCAAUGCCAGCACAUCUUCUCUAAGAUGAGGGGCCAAAAACUGUUCAGAAUACUCAAGAUGAGGCUUCACCAGUGCUUUAGAAAGCCUCAGCAUCACCUCCCUGCUCUUGUAUUCUAGACCUCUUGAAAUGAAUGCUAACAUUGCAUUUGCCUUCCCCACCACUGACUCUACCUGCAAGAUAACCCUUAGGGUGCUCUGCAGAAGGACUCCCAAUUUCCUUUGCAUCUUAGAUUUCCAGAUUUUCUCUCUGUUUAGAAAAUAGCCUGCACAUUUAUUUCUACUACCAAAGUGCAUGAUGAUGCAUUUUCCAACAUUGUAUUUAAUUUGCCAGUUUCUUGCCCAUUCUCCUAAUCUGUCUAAGUCCUGCAGACCUUUGCACCAUGGCUGCCUUCAUCUUAUGAGAGACGGCGCACUACACGAUCAAGUUUAUCUAUGCCUGCUCAUGCUGUUUCUAUUCCUGAUGCGAGAACCUACACACUGGAUAGAAGCUUCCUUCACUGUUAUCAGAAUUUGGAACAGCCUUCCAGAUGCUGUGGUUGGAAAUAUCUGCGACGAUGGGGUCCAAGCCUUCAAGAGUCGAGUGCACAAACACCUAUCAUCUCUGGGAGGGAAGUCAUAUGCUUCUUCAUAAGCUAUCGUGAAGGGGACCAGGAUGGCAAUGCUUGGUUGUUGGUAGGUAGGGUUAAUACCUGACUUUAAAGAGCACUUGUGAGUUAUGUUCCGGCUGGACUUAAACUGCUGGAGAGCAGUACGGAAAGAACAGGUCCUGUUUUCUCCCGGUAGGGAUUAGUUUUUAGUUCCAAGUGCUCCUGUCACGUUUUGUCACCCUGCAACCUUAUCCUUCAAUCUCUUUGAAUUAUGAAGGACAGCAUGUGUAUAAAUGUCUCUCUCCAGCAGACUUCAUCAUGAUCAUCAUGACCCCAGUAUUUCUACUAUUUUUUAAUUGUAUAUAUGAUUUUUUUGUGGUCUGUCACUGAGCAGCAAUGAACCAUCUGAUUGGCCUAUCAGAGUUCUCUUUGACAACUAGUUGACUUGAUCAGCAUUUCUGAUCUGGCUAUUGUUCUCGAUUGCAUUUAAUAAAAAAAAGUUCUUCUGCCUCCUACCUGUUUCCUCAACACUACCUGCCCCUCCACCAAUCUUCGUAUAAUUUGCAAACUUGGCAACAUAGCCAUCUAUCCACCAUCCAAAUCAUUGAUAUACAGCAUAAAAAGAAGCGGUCUUUGGGAUGUGGGAGGAAUCUGGAGCACCCGGUCACAGGAAGGAGAUACAAACUUCCUUCAGGGGAUGCAGAAUUGAACUCCGAAUUCCAAAUCCCCGAAUUGUAAUAGUGUUGUGCUAACUGCUGUGGCACCCCUUCCCUGGAGCGUAGGAAGAUGACUGGAGAUUUGAUAGAAAUAUAUAUAAUUAUGACAGAUGUGGACAGGAUAAAUGCAAGCAGGCUUUCUCCACUGAGGGUGAGUGAGGAGUGAGACUAGAACGAGAGGUCAUGUGUUAAGGGUGAAAGGUGAAAUGUUUGAGGGGAACCCAAGCAUGGUUCGAAGGGCCUGUUUCUCUGCUCUGUGAAGUUUGAUCAGUAAGUUAUCAGGUAUUAUAGUGAAGAAGUGUCAGUUAUGGAAGUAGGUUGAGGAGUAGCAAAUGGAUCUCAAUAUGGAUAAGUAUGGGGUGAUGUAUUUUGGAAAGCCAAACUAGUGUGGGACUUAUACUGUGAAUGAUGGGGCACUUGGCAGCAUAAAGGAACAGAGGGGUCUAGGUGUACUAGUGGAUAGUUUGUUGAAUGUGGCAUCACAGGUAGACAGGAUGGUGAAAAAUUUACUGAUGACACACACAGUUGUUGGUAGAGUUUCAGAUGGUGAUGAGGAGGCGUACAGGAGUAAGACAGAUCAACUAGUUGAGUGGUGUCACAGCAGCAACCUUGCACUCGAUGUUAGUAAGACCAAGGAAUUGAUUAUGGACCAGGAAGGGGCAGUCGAGGGAACACACACUAGUCCUCAUCAAGGGAUCAGCAGUGGAAAAGGUGAGCACUUUCAAGCUCCUGAGCAUCAACAUCUCUGAAGAUCUAUCCUGGGCCCAACAUUUUGAUGCAAUUACAAAACAAGGCAUGGCAGUGGCUAUUUUUCCAUUAGGAAUUUGAAGAGACUUGAUACAUCACCAAAGACACUUGCAAAUGUCUACAGAUGUAAUGUGGAGAGCAUUCUAACAGGUUGGAUCACCAUCUGGUAUGGAGGGGCCAAGCACAGGAUUGGAAAAAGCUGCAUAAAGUUGUAACUCAGCCAGCUCCAUCAUGGGCACUAUUCUCCCCUGCAUCCAGGGCAUCUUCAGGAGGUGAUGCCUCAAAGAGGCGGCAUCCAUCACUCAGGGUCCUCAUCAGCCAGAACGUGCCCUCUUCUCAUCGCUACCAUCAAAGAGGAGGAACAGGAGCCUGAAGACACGCACUCAUCAUUUUAGGAAUAGUUUCUUCUCUUCUGCCACCAGAUGUCUGAAUGGACAACGAACCCAUGUACACUACCUUAAUAUUUUUUCUUUUUUUUCUCUCUUUUGCACUACUUAUUUUUUUAAAUCUUUAUUUCUUAUUGAUAUACUGUAGGUAUUUUUUAUUAUUAUGAAUUGCAAUGUGAUGCUGCUGCAUUAUAAUGAACAUCAUGUGCUGGUGAUAUUAAACCUAAUUCUGGUUCUGACUCUGAAAAGGGCAUUUAUCAUGCUGGCCCUCAGCACUCAGGGCAUUGAAUACAGAGGAUGAGACACAUCCUAAGAAGAUAGAGGCAAGCAAGACUCACCCACCCCACCUUCUGGAGCACCAUUGAGAGCGUCCUGACAAGCUGCACCUCUAUCUGGUUUGAGAGCAGUCGAGCAUCAGACCGGAAGUCCUUACAAAGGCCUGUGAGAACACCUGAGAGGAUCAUAGAGGUCUCCCAACGGGGGACAUUUAUCAGGAGCGCAGCAUACGCAGAGCCCUUGUGUUAUUAAGGAUCUCACACAUCCAUCCAGCAUCCUCUUUGACUUUCUACCAUCAGGCGGGAGACUAUGAAGCAUAAAGACAAGAACAGUCGGGGUGGGAAACAGUUUUGUCCCCCAGGCCAUUAGGAUUCUGACCUUCCUGCCGCAUCGUAUUCCAAGUGUCACUGGUUAAUCUGUUCCACACCUUACAAUAUUUAAUUUUAAUGCACCUUAGUUUUUUAUUUAUGUGUGAUUCAUCUGUAGAUUUUAUCGUUACCUUCAUAAGUUAUUAUGUGUUAUGUAUACUACUGUGCUUUACACCCUGGUUUGGAGAAACCUUGUCUCAUUUCUAUAUGCAUUACAUGGUUCUAUACAUUAUGUGAGAGUAAGAGUUCGGCACAGACUAGAAGGGCCAAGGUGGCCUGUUUCCGUGCUGUAAUUGUUAUAUGGUUAUAUACAUGUAUAUAGUUAAAGGACAAUAAACUUGACUUGGUUAUGUUGCAGUUGUAGCAAGUUACUGGUGAGGCCACACUUGGAGUACUGUGUACAGUGUUGGUCACUCUGUUGUAGGAAAGAUGUGGUUCAACUGGAAAGAGCACAGAGAAUGUUGCCAGGACCAGAGUCCUGAGUUACAGAGAGAGGUUGGCCAGGUUUGGUCUUUAUUCUUUGAAAAGUAGGCGAAUGAUUGAUACAUGUAAAGACAGAGAAUAGAGAGAUAUCCAUCACAUAUAGGCGAAAAAAUUUAGUUUACAUUUGCAUGGUGUUCAGCACAGACAUUGCGGGCCAAAAGGCCUGUUCCUGUGCUGUAAUGUUUUUUCCUCUGUUGGACAUUGGUAAUGUAGUAAUCUGUGAGUCUGAUUUAUUGGUUCAUUGGCAAGAUCCAUGGCGGGGGAGCUGUGGGGCCUUGGCUGUCACAUGGACCCGGCCUUUAAGCUGCGGGGACGCCUGCUGCGGCCAACCAGGGAAGGAGACACUGGAGGUGGGGUGGCCCAGUGGACCCACCUGUCAGUGCUCCUCUCUAGCGUUCGCUUGAUGGAAGACAAGCUGGACUGCGUUUGCCUCCAGCUGCACUAGCAUGUGAUGAGGAACUGUUGUGUGCUUGUUCUUGCUGAAACGUGGCUCCAGGACAACAGCCCAUGCAGCAUCAAUCUGCAGGCCUUGACACCCAGAGACUUGUAUAUUGUCAUUUUUUUUGUGACUGUAUAUUUUUUGGCUAUCAUAUGUGCGAAAUAUGCCUUCUGCCGUGUGUGACUGUUGGUACUGUGUUUUACACUCUGACCCUUGCAUUUGCUCCACUCUUUGCUGCACUGAGGCUGAGGCUAUGGGCUUGUACCAGCUGCUCUGGGGUUUGUGUCUGUGAGCUCCACGGCAUUUUGCUCUGUUGUGUGAUGAGCUGAGGCUGUGGGUGUGGUCUCUGGCUUCGUGUCUGUGGAUUCAUUCUGCUUUCAUUCUGAAUGCCGUUGCUUGUUUUCACUGUUUGCAUGAUUUGUGUUUUUUUUUCUCUCUGCACAUUAGGUGUUCAUUGGUCUUUUUAAUGGGUUCUUUUGGGUUUCUGGUUCUGUGGCUGCC